AUGGGAUCCAGAGCUGAGGGGAGUCCCCCUGCCGUGUUUGACUGGUUCUUCGAAGCAGCGUGCCCAGCCUCCCUGCAGGAGGAUCCUGCCAUCCUGCGACAGUUCCCCCCAGAUUUCAGGGACCAGGAAGCUAUGCAGAUGGUGCCCAAAUUCUGCUUCCCUUUUGAUGUGGAAAGUGAGCCCCCCAGCCCCGCGGUCCAGCACUUCACCUUUGCCCUCACGGAUCUGGCUGGCAAGCGCAGGUUUGGGUUCUGCCGCCUGCGGGCCGGUGCCCAGAGCUGCCUCUGCAUCCUCAGCCACCUGCCGUGGUUCGAGGUCUUCUACAAGCUGCUCAACAAUGUGGGGGACCUGCUGACCCAGGGCCAAGUCUCAGAAGCUGAGAAACUGCUUUUAAGCCUCCAACAGCAGCCCCUGCCUGGACCCCAGGCUUUGAUGGGGCUGGAGCUGGUGGGUACCCCCACCCACAGCGGCGGGCCUGGGCUUUCCUGCUUCGUGGCCCCGGAUUCUGACCGUCUGCCGUCCAUCCCGGAGAACAGGAACCUAACGGAACUGGUGGUGGCGGUGACCUACGAGAACAUCGUGGGGCUGUUCGCGGCGCUUCUGGCUGAGAGGAGAGUCCUGGUCAUCGCCAGCAAGCUCAGCACCCUAACCUCAUGUGUCCAUGCGUCCUGCGCUCUCCUGUACCCUAUGUGCUGGGAGCACGUUCUGAUCCCCACGCUGCCUCCGCACCUGCUGGACUAUUGCUGUGCGCCCAUGCCCUACCUCAUCGGGGUGCACGCCAGUCUCGCGGAGAGAGUCCAGGACAAAGCCCUGGAGGACGUCGUGAUGAUGAAUGUGGACUCCAAUACCUUGGAGACGCCCUUCGACGACGUGCAGGCGCUGCCCCCGGACGUGGUGUCCCUGCUGAGGCUGCGGCUAAGGAAGGUCGCCCUGGCCCCCGGGGAAGGAGUGUCCCGUCUUUUCCUAAAAGUCCAAGCUUUGCUUUUUGGAGGGUACCGUGAGGCGCUCAUCUACAGUCCGGGCCAGCCGGUGACCUUCAGCGAAGAAACCUUCUUGGCUCAGAAAUCUGGAGCUUCACUGCAGGACUUCCACCGCAGGGCUGUCCACCUGCAACUGUUCAAACAGUUCAUAGAAGGCAGACUGGAGAAGCUCAACAACGGGGAGGGCUUCUCAGACCUCUUCGAGCAGGAAAUCACCAGCAGCGAGGGCUCCUCAGGUGCCCUCCGCUCUUACCAGCUCUGGGCAGACAACCUCAAGAAAGGUGGUGGUGCUCUCCUGCACUCGGUCAAGGCGAAGACACAACCAGCUGUGAGGAACAUUUACCGCUCGGCCAAGAGCGGCUUGAAGGGCAUGCAGAGCUUGCUGAUGUACAAGGAUGGGGUCUCUUGUCUGCAAAGGGGGGGCUCCCUGAGGACCCCGUCCCUAACCAGCCGCUCAGAUCGUCUACAACAGCGCCUGCCAAUCACCCAUCACUUUGGACAGAACCGACCCCUCCGUCCCAGCAGGAGACACCGGCCAAAAGAGGGACCCUUUGAGCCCCUUGAGUAAGUGACGCCCCCUCGGAGCCCUGAGGACACCAGGCACUCAUGGGCAGAGGAUGCCCUGGACAGCAGCUUCCUGGGGUCCGGGGAGGAACUGGAUUUGCUAAGCGAGAUCUUGGACAGUCUGAGCGUGGGAGUCAAGAGCACAGAGAGCCUGCGGCAAAGCCAGAGCCUGGACUGCUGCCACCGAGGGGACUCGGACGAAGCCUUUGGCCUGGUUAGCGUACCAGACCAGACAAGCUGGCACCCCGGGGAAGAGAAUUCACCAGAAUGCCAACCCCAUUCCCUGCCCAUUGAUUUGUCAUCUCUCCAAGACCCUGAGAUCUCGAACACGUCACACAGCUCAGACAACCCCUCAGAGGCCAGCCAAGACAGCACCAUUCCCUCCUGGCCUUCAGCUGCCCCCACAGACCCCAGCAGCCCAGGGGACACAGAACCGACCCCUUUCUCCCAGCACUACCCCCUGAUCUCACAGUUGUCCCCUCCCCACAAAUCACUGGAAGAAUCUAGAACUCAAGAGAGCUCCUGCUCCUGGCCCCCCACCAUGGCCACCCAGCCUGACCCUCCAGGAUGCCCCCCGUCUCUGCCCCCACCAAAGUCCAACCUGAAUACCUCGUGGACGUCCCAUCCCCUGGGUGUGUCCUCGGACCCCAAUUCCCCAGAGACCCCUAGAAUCCAGUCUUCCCAAGGGCUGCUGGCAGAGCAGGCUCGUCGGCAGCCCCUCAAAGAGCCGGGAGCCCCCAGAACUCCCACUGCACCCACCAGCGACUGCGGGGUACCGCUCACCAGAUGCCGGCCCCGAGUCUCUGAGCUUAAGAAGUGUUUUGAAAGUUAA